AUGUACGGAGGCAGCGUACGGAACGGCUACGAUAUCAAUCAUGAUGGACACUCGGUGUCUAUUCCAAUGACCCAGAACCUGGACUACUCGGCGUCAACCUCCGAACGUUCGGCUACACCAUCAGGGAGAAGCAACAGCAGAAGCAACAGCCGAAGCACGCACGCUUCGAGGCGUCACGCCCGAAGACAUGUCGUCUUGUCGAGGAAGACGCUUCGCGACCCAAGAGUGAAUGCAAAGGCAAAGCUCAGUUUCGCCUUUGGUGUCACUCUACUGAUCGCUCUGGUGAUCUACCUGGCUCUCGCCGUGACAGGCGUCGCGCGAAACACCAUGUUUCACGUGCUAUCGAUCCUGCUAAUCCUGACCUUGUUCGGGAUCUUUUGUCACCAGCUGAUCCGGAUGUUCAUGCUGAUGCGAAGGCCGAGAAGAUCCCGGCACAGGACAGGGUACAAAUCCAGACAUGCACAUGCACAUGCAAGAGGUCAGACAUCAACAAGAACUCGACGAGCGGCAGGCCCACCGGCCGGACCAGUGGAAGAACUGCCGCCGGAAAAGCCGAUUCAGGUUUUCAUGGAGGCCGAUGACAGCCUGGGUGCCGACGUUGACGUUGAAGCAGUGGGAUCUGAACCUUCCAUCCGUCUUCCGCCACCAGUGUAUGGCAACUUCCGAACCAGCAGGCGAAUGAAUCCCGAUUUCGUCCAUUUGAAACAUGUGCCUCCCUCACCUCUGACUCCGACGUACGAGGAAGCAGUGUCACAGGUUCGACGAGCCAUGGGGUAUAGACCGCCGAGCUAUAUUUCGGAAAGCGGAGUGACGGAAUUGAUGGAAGCACGAAGUCGGGACGUGGAUGCGGCUCUCGACAACAUCCAUCCAUUGGAGCGAGAACGCAUGCGAACAUUAGCUGCCGACGCUCUGGAGGGUCACCAUCCAACUGGUAUCUAA